GGAGCCGCCGCGGAACAGACACGGAGGAGACGCUGGAAUCAACCGAACACGUUCCGACGAUUGUUUUAAUACUUUUAUAAAGAAAGAGAUGUUUCUAUUUUAGAAGAUCUUACAUUAAAGGACCACGUGUGACGUCAGCCAGCGUCGCAGACUCAUCAUCAUCAUCAUCAUCAUCACUGCGCUCACGUCACGAAGAAGAAGAUGAGGACGAGGAGUUGUACAUAUUUAUAUGAAGUAACCGGAUGUUUGUCGUCUCCGUGUCGCUCAGCUCGUCCUCUCAUGGAGUCCGGCGGCGGAGCAGCGAUGCUGCUGCUGGUCCCUCUCCUCGUCUGUGCGCUGCCUGCUGGAGGAAAUAAAAACUACCUGCUGACGGCCCCGGAUAUUCAGGCGGUAGAGAUCGGCACUGACUUCACGGCGUCGUGCAUGAUCAUCGACACUGACGAGAUCACGGCCGAUGACCUCUACUGGAACGUGUCUCAGACGACCGUGCCCAGAGAACGAUACACCAAGGUCAACCAAACGACGCUCAACGUCACCAUCCACAUCACUGGGGAAAAGCUUGAGUGGCUCUUUUGCCUCUGCAAGAAGGUGUCGUCCAACGUCAUCCUGAACGAAGGCAGAUUCUGUCACGGGAUCAUGCUGCAGAAAGGAUAUCGUCCCAUGAGGCCAGAGAAUGUGUCGUGUGAGGCGCUUCAGGCGGGACAGCAGAUCUCUCCAACCAUCACAUGCAGCUGGGCGGCGGCGGGACGACAAACCAAGGAGGUCCCCACAAAGUACACGCUGAUGUUGAAAGUCGUGUCCUCUGAAACCUUCAACGUGUCGACGGAGGGAACCAGUGCAUCCUUAACUCUGAACAUUUUCCCUAACUUCAUGGAGCUGGAGAUCUGGGUGGUGGCGCACAACAAACUGGGAACGAUCGAGUCGGAGCGUCUGAGGAGAGAAGCCGGAUUCUUUGUGAAAACAGAUCCUCCUGCGAACGUCAUCUUCAUCUCGGAGACCAGUUUUCCCACCACCCUCCUCUUGAACUGGAGUCGUCCUAUUAAAAUACAACAAAUUGGAUUGAUUUAUGAAAUCAGAUUCUGCUCAAACUAUUCUCAUGAGUGGACAUAUGUUCCUCUCAGUGACAUGAACAAGGACAUCCAGUCCUUCAGACUCCAGUACCUUCAGCCGGACACGGUUUAUGUUUGUCAGGUCCGCUGCAAAAACGACAAGGAAGGUUACGGCUACUGGAGCGAGUGGAGCAGCAACGCCACAGAGAGAACGCCAGAGGACCGACCAAAGAGUAAACCAGAUUUAUGGAAAAUCACUUCUGACGGCGACAACGCCAUCGAGCGACGCGUGCAGUUUAUCUGCAAGGAUCCGGUGUUUUCCAACGGGAGGAUAACACGAUUCGAAAUGAAGGUCGUGGACCAGAAGGACAGAGGGAAGAACGGCAGUUGGGUGUGGCAGAGUAUCCCCGUCAACAGGUCGGAGGCGCACGGCGGCGCAGUCAUCUUGAGGGAGAUCCGCCUGGCCGACAAGAAGUCCGUCAAAGUGUUCGUCACUGCCACAAAUUCCGUUGGGAAAUCUGAUCCGGCGGCGUUGUUCAUCCCCGAAAAAGCGCAUGAGCUGGGCCCCGUUGAGGACCUGAAGGUUUGGCCCCGUGGGGGCCGCCUGUGGCUGGACUGGAAGCCCCCCGGCGGCGCAGCAGCGACGGAGUAUGUGGUGCAGUGGGUCGCUGCGGAUCAGAUGGACUGGCAGAGGGAAAACAGAAGCUCCAGACUCGUCGCUAUUAAAGGCGACCUGAAGAAGUUCGUCUGCUACACAGUAUCUGUGUACCCGAUAUAUUCCGGAUGGACCGGGAAGUCGGCAAGUGUCCAAGCCUUCCUGGAGCAAAGCGCUCCGCUUGAAGGCCCGGCCGUCUGCCUGAGCGGGAAGCCGGGUCGUAACGAGGCAGAGCUGAUGUGGACGCAGAUUCCUCUGAGCCGCCGCCAGGGCUUCAUCACCAACUACACCAUCUCCUACACGAGCGGGAGCCAAGUCCACACGGUGGUCGUGCCCCCGAACGUCAGCUCCUACACUCUGACGUCGCUGUUGGGGAACACCAAGUACGACGUCUGGAUCAGCGCCGCGACCGUCGGAGGUUCUUCCAAAGGCUUUAAUCACUCGUUCACCACGCUGAAGUACGCACCGGGAGAGAUUGAGUUCAUCGUGGUGGGCGUGAGCCUCGGCUUCCUGUUUGUCUUCGUCAUGACGAUGCUGCUCUGCUUCUACAAGAAAGAUGCGAUCAAGAGGAACUUCUGGCCUCAAAUUCCAAACCCUGGAGAGAGCACCAUCGGGACCUGGUCUCCUGAGUGUCCUCUGAAGACGGAGACGCCGAAGGAGAACUGUCUGUCGGGCAUCAGCGUGCUGGACGUGGACGUGUGCGACGGUAAGAGCGUGUUUGAGGAGGACAAGGCCGGCCUCCCUCUGAAGAAGGACAAGUAUCUGUCGGAAGAGCACAGCAGCGGCAUCGGCGGCUCCUCCUGCAUGUCGUCGCCUCGCCAGAGCGUGUCCGACAGUGACGAGGGCGGCGACAUGGCGGACACCACGGCCAGCACCGUACAGUACUCGUCGGUGGUGGCCUCUAACGGCUACAAGGGCCAGACACCGAGCUCCCAGCCGCAGCAGCAGGCCGUCUUCUCCCGGUCCGAGUCCACGCAGCCGCUGCUGGACUGCGAGGAGAACCCGGACGUGUCGGUGCCGGAGGGCAGCAGACAGUCCCAGCGUUUCCUGCGACAUCCUCGUUCCUCGUCGCACGCGAACCGCGACCCGGCCGACAUCGACCGGCUGCUGGAGACGGAGCGGCGGGAGGCGCUGGAGCAUCUGGACUUCUGCCCCCUGGAGGAGGACGCCGAGCAGACGCCGCCCACGGACGAACAGUCGGCGCCGAGGCCGGCCUCCAGCUACAUGCCUCAGCUGGGCGGCUACAGGCCACAGUGAGAACACGCACACGCGUGUGACGACAGCGUCUGGUGCCUUCGUUCAGUUUGAAGAAGACUAUCCCCCGUUUGCCUUUUGCACAUGAGCGGGUGUCGAGGGUCCACAGGACGCUCUGGGAGAGAAACUCUGUAAAUACGACGCAAAGAAGAGAUUGUAGCAGUAGCGUGUUAGCUUAGCAUUCACAAGGAACAAUUAACGAGCCAUAUACUCGGCACCCAUUUCAUAAAGGUCUUAAGAGUCGCCCCCCUGUGGAGGGUUUUUACCUCUGCAGCCAUGUUACAGUUUGUAAGCUGACGUAUAUCCACUGCACAUGAAUGUAAUGAAACACUGACACCUACAGCCAAUCAGACGCCACUGCAUGUUCAUGUAAAAGAAACUUUACUUUUAAAUCCCCCCCCCAAAAAAAACAUCGGAGUCUAUCAGUUUGUCUUUGAACCAGUGUCGUUGGGUUUGUGGGAGAAAUGUGAAAAUAUCUGGUUCUUUUAAGUCCGAAGCUCGUUUCAUAAGCGGUGGCCAUCUUGGUUGUUUAACAGAACUUUGUGAAACUGUUGAGCUCAGGAUAAAGUUUGAGGGUCAACACCCAUCGGUGUUGUUGAGUGACGUCAUUCUUGUCGGUCUACAGGAAACAUUACUCACUUUUUAUCACAACUCCACUCCGGUCCGUCCAUCCGUCCGUAACCAGUUCAUGUCCAGAACAAAACUUAAUACAAAAUGUUCGUCAGGUAGUGAAGUGGAGCGAUUCAGCAUCAGAGGAUCUGCACGAUGCAGCGGAAGAACUACCCAGAAUGCACCUGAUUUGAACUGAGGCAGAGGUCAUUAAUUUCAUAUAGGCUGCAGACGGAGGUUUAACAUUUUUUGUUUAUUUUGGUUUUUAAAAAGAAGUGUAAAUCAUUGUCGUUAUAAAAUAUGAAAUAAAUCUUUUAACUGAC